AGACGUAGCCCGCCAAUGUAAAUUGGCAAAAUAAAAAUCUGAGCAAACGAAAUGGAAGAAGCCUGGACUUUCAGGCUGGUGGUGCCGUACGUGCUCUUUGGUUAUUUCACCGGGCUCGCUGUGACGAUCGCGUGGACCUGGUGGAGCCUCGGGCUGGGACACCAGAGCCUAAGCAUCAACAUGAUCAUCGCGAUUCUGGUGGCGUUGACCCUGGGGUCCUUCUACAGCCGUUUUGUAAGGUGCAUUUUGGCCCUGGCUGCUCCUUCGCUGUGCAGCGCCCGCGGCAGGGCGUUCCUCAUCAGCCUCGCCUUUGUCCUGGUCGCAGUUGGUCCCACGGCCAACAUCAUGGCCAACUUGAAGGUGAUGCUGCGCAGCCUGGCCUGCGGGCAGGAGCUGUUGCGCCAGGCGCUCGGCCAGAUGCUGGACGUGAUCCUAGAGCCGGUGAACGCCAUUCAGCUGGCCGUCGAUCUGAUGCUGCAUGAGGUGCGCCUGGUGCUCAAGCAGGCCAUGGUAGUGCUCCUCCGCAUCCAGGGGCACCUGAUCGCCAUCAUUGACACGCUUAAGAACUGCGCGGUGUGGCUGAAGUCCGUCGUGGAUCUGUGCAAUACGGAAAUGGGAACUCCGUGGGCGCGCUGCAAGAAGACGGCGCACACCGCGAUGGUAAAGUGCCAAGCCAAGAUGGGUGUCUUCAAGGCUCUCUGCCAGUCCACCAAGCUGUUUCUGGCCCUCUGUUAUCCCGCCAAGCUCAUCGAUGUAUUCUGUAGCGGCUACUGGGAUGUCAGCUGGGACCUUCUCGACAGGAUCUCGGAGCGAUACCGCGAGUUUGUGCGGCACAUAGAGCAGAUGUUCGACGCGAAUAUAACCUUCGAGCACGAGUUUUUCUUCGACACGAACUCCUCGAAGAGUCUGGCGGACGUGGGCGAGGAGAUACUCCAGGAUAUCAACGAGCGACUGACGCCGCUCCUCCUCCUGCAGGACUUUGUGAACACCCUUUGCUGGGUCAUGGUGCUCUCUGUGUUCUUUAAAGCCAUCAUCUUCUACUUGCGCUACAUGCACAGCCGGCAGUUUCAGAACGUGUUCAUGACGAAUAUCCUGAGUGACAUCGACAAACGGCACGGAAAGCGCGGAUAUAAUCACCUGCUGCCCCUUCAACGGCUUGAAAGGUCGAAGUACAUGAAGCUCACCAGCCUUCGCCUGACCCUGUUCGAGUUCCUGUCGCUCGUGGAAAACGCCUGCUUCAUGGUGACCACCUGCCUGCAGCUGUUCGCGCUCUGCUUCCUGGACUACGGACUCUUCUGGCUGCUGGCCACGAUGUCCUUUCACGGCCACCAGGAGGCCGGGCUGGAGGUGCCCGCCUACAUCGACCUGCAGAUCAAGGGCGGGGGCUAUGUGGCCGACAUCAUGCGGGUCGCCAAUGCCUUUCGCCCAUUGACGCAGAAGAGCGUCCUGGACACCAAUCCCUGCCUGCCGCUGCCCGUGCAGCCCGACUAUGUGAAGUACGCCCUCAUACUGCUGCUCUGCCUGUUCGCCUGGCUCAUCCUGCUGGCCGAGCCGUACGUGCUGCGCACCCGCCAUCUCAUCAUGGCCUACUUUUACCCGGCGCGAGCCAAGGAAAGGGCCUUGUUCCUUUACAACAAGAUCUCCGAGGACAGAGCAACCAUCUUCAAGAUGGUCCGUCGCAGGAAGCGAAACGAGUUCAAUCACAGGCGGGAUGUGCAGUUGCUCGGAUGGGUGACCUGGCUGGAAAACAUAUUCUCCUGCUUGGUCAGUUGGUGCUGCUGCUGCUGCCGCUGCUGUCAGAGCAGCGAGAAGUGCACCAUAUGCAGCAAGCCCUUGACUGCGUCGAAUCGGAACCCCUGCGACACGCCGGGCUGCAAGGGGAUCUUUUGCGAUGCGUGCUUCAACAGGUCUCUCAAUAAGUGCUGCCUGUGCAACCGGCCGUUGGACUACGGCGAUUUCUCAGACGUUUCCGAAGUGGACGACUCGUCGGACUUCUCCGAAAAGGUAUCGUUCAGAGAGGAGCGCUACAGGGAGAUUUGCGGGCAACAAAGCCGUCGAAGGAAAAGGUAAAUUAAACCUUAGGGCACUCCGGAUCCACAAGUCGGAUAUGCAGGAAUAAAUUCCCAACACAAGAUUGCCAUUUGACCGGUCGAAAAUAUAUUACUCUGGAAACUUUAUGCCAAGGCCAUAUACGAUAAUUAUGCAGACACGCCGGACGAGCUGCCCUUCAAGAAGGGCGACAUCCUC